UGUGUUGUAUAUGUGUGUUUUAUGAGUGAGUAGAAUAGUAAAGUUGCAUCAUAUACUGUAUUGUAUGUAUGUUCAAUCCCCUGUCUAACGUUGUUGCGAGUUUAUAUUUUCGCGGUUCGCACCUGCAACUCACUUCACACAAAUCUGUCGUGAUGAGUGAGAAAUACGGUUCGAGGUGUUCGAGGUCCAGGGUACAGGGACAGCCGGGACAGAGUCCAGCAGCCCGGCAGUACGAGCCAAUAUGGCAGCACCUGAUGAAUUAACGAUAAAGUCACAUGCUCGCACGUAUACAUCAUACGUAUUGAAUUGUGUUGAAUGUGAGACGUUUUUCUCGGAUAUCGACGAGGAGGAGAAUGAUACUAGUCAUUGACUGCGACCGUUAAUGUUUGAUUUAGAUUCGACAUCGCCAGAGAAAUAUCUAUUGAAAAUCAUUGUAGAUGCUUCACUUUAAAUGAGAGAAAGAGAGAGAAAGAGAACUCGCACGCGAGUAAACCAGUAAACCGCGUGUGACAUUUUGUCGGCAAUCGGCAUUUCGUUACGAGUUAUCGAAGACGUCUUGAUAACUUAAUAUAUUGUUCAUAUCGCGUCCAAAUGCAUAGAUAACACGGAUAAUUAGGAUGGAUGCGAAAACGACUCGGAAGCCACGCUGCACAUAGUCUUUUUUUUGUAAUUGCGGUAUGAAGGUUAGAGGAUGACUAGCAGCUGAUAUCGUCGUUAUCGUUUCAACAAUUGAGUACUUGCUGUACAUAGUGUGCUUGUUAACUAAUACUAACAACAAGUCUAACAGAAUCGUUUGACGAAAAAUCCAUCAAGGAUAAAGUGUUCAUUUUUGCAUAUUCAUACAUGAAAUUCGAUGUCGUGGAUAACGGAACGUACCUUGAACUGGCUGCAAUCCCUGGCUUUAAGAAUCAUAAAGACUGGCAGGGUGCCCAGCCAUGUGGCAUUUAUCAUGGAUGGUAACAGACGAUUCGCGGAUAAACAGAACAUGGAAAAAAAGGAGGGCCAUUCAAAGGGGUUUGAAAAAUUGUCCGAGACAUUGCACUGGUGCAUGGAUCUAGGUGUUACAGAGGUCACGGUUUAUGCUUUUAGUAUAGAAAAUUUCAAACGUAGCAAAAAGGAAGUCGACGAACUCAUGGACCUUGCCAGGCAGAAAUUCAAACGUCUUUUAGAAGAGACAGACAAAUUGACAGACGCUGGAGUAUGUGUUCGUGUUAUUGGCAAUUUGUCCUUAGUUCCAGAAGAUAUACGCAAAUUAAUUGCCCGAGCCAUAUUCAUUACUAAAGACAAUAAUAAAGCAUUUUUAAAUCUUGCUUUUUCGUACACAUCAAGGGAUGAACUUACCCAUGCACUUAAGGAUAUAGCAAAGGGUAUAAAGCAUGCUGAUAUCUUGCCAGAAGAUGUUACCGAAGAUUUAAUUUCUGACUGUCUAUACACUUACAAAUCCUCAAAUCCAGAGUUAUUAAUUCGUACCUCUGGAGAAUUUCGACUUAGUGACUUCCUGAUGUGGCAAAUUUCUAACUCUUGUAUCUACUUUACCAACGUAUUAUGGCCUGAAUUCAGUAUAUGGCAUUUUCUUAGUGCAGUCUUUUAUUAUCAAAGAUGUUAUUCUGAUUUACAAAGAAUUAGGAAUAAUUUGAAACCAAUUGCGCAUAAUAGUAGAGCAUCCAUGUUUGUUAAAAAGUUACACCGCGAACGUGAAAUUGAAAUCGAAAAAAUAUAUCUAUCGGCAGUUCAAUCCUAGAAACAAAUAAAUACUAUUUUAGUAAGUACAUACAAAUAUAAAUAAAAUAUAGGUUUAUGUUCGUUUUGUUUGAAAUCUUUAAAAAUGUUUAUAUUUAAAACAAGACAAAUAUGCAUUUCGGUGUUGUAAACAGAAGAAAGAUGCUGAGCCUAAAAAGUGCAAGCAAUACGAACAGACCUUAUGCAGAAAAUCUAUUGCAUGUGUUUUGCUUCAAAGCAACUUUCCAUUGUAGUUUAUCAUUUUUUGUUUCAGAUAAUUUUAUUACAUUUUGUAAAUUUAUGUUUACUAAAUUAUUACAAUAAUUAAAUUGUAUUAGAAAAAUUUAAUUGCAUCAAGAAAAUUAAAUUUAUAAUAAAUUUACAAAUUUAUAAGUUUAUAAUCAUGUAUAAGGAGCUAGUCAAGCGAUUAAACAAAGACAAUUACAUGUGAAAACUAUUACCGUUCAUAAAUAGAAAUUUGUUUUACUUUAUAGUAAACUCAGGGAAAUAGCUACAGACACUUCCAGCCACGUAAGAUGUUUUAGAAAACAAGAAAUAAUUAAAGGAAUAAUAUUAAAUUUUUAAAAUAUAAACUGAACAAGAGAUCUAAAACGCUUAAACAAUUAUUAAAAUUUUUACUUUCUCUUGGAUAGAAUCUGUUUCAUACUUUUUGUAUAAGAAAUUAGUUGAAGAAAUUAGAUAAUUAUAUAAUUAGCUUGUAAAAUACAUAAGAAAUGUAUAAUAAAGUAAUUUGUCGAACAAUCUUGCUGAUAAGAAAAUUUUCUAAUGAAUUGUAACAAAUAUUAGUAUUCUAUUGUAAUGAGAUAUUUGUUUUCUGAAAUGUUCUAAUCAUGACACUGUAUGUAGAUAUUGAUAAAAUUCGCUUCCAUAAUGUGUCAUUUGUUAUAGUGCACGUAUGUAUUUAUCUCAGUAUGUACAUUCCAUACGUUAAUUUCCAAAUUGUUCUUUAUUGCAAUGUGCAUUGUAAAAUAACAUUGUAAAACAAAUGUACAAUAAUAGAAAUAACAUAAAUUAUACAUAUAUGAAAUAAA